UUUGCCUAAAAACUUUACACUUCAACCGAACCACUUCGAUUGAUCAACAUGUCUGGACGCGGAAAGGGAGGAAAGGGACUCGGUAAAGGAGGCGCCAAGCGUCACCGUAAAGUCCUCCGUGAUAACAUCCAGGGGAUCACCAAGCCCGCUAUCCGCCGUCUGGCUCGUCGUGGCGGAGUGAAGCGUAUCUCCGGUCUCAUCUACGAGGAGACCCGCGGGGUGCUCAAGGUGUUCCUGGAGAACGUCAUCCGUGACGCCGUCACCUACACCGAGCACGCCAAGAGAAAGACUGUGACCGCCAUGGAUGUGGUUUAUGCUCUCAAGAGACAGGGCCGCACUCUCUACGGCUUCGGAGGUUAAACAGGACCACACAUCAACAACCACAACAAACGGCUCUUUUAAGAGCCACCCACUACAACUACCGAGCUAUUUCUACUAUAUGUGUACGAUGAUAUGUGUGGAAAAAUUUGAAUGAACAAUGAAACACAGCACAUUAUAGAAACUCAUGUUAACUUAUGUUGGUUAAGAUGAUCCAAUUGUCACGCGGUAGGUUCGUAUAUUUAUUAUAGCAUCAAGUUUAAUUCAUUCUUCACGUAUCAUCCCAGAAGGGUGACGUUCUAAUAAAACUCUUUAGUGCACUUUCA